CGAGGGGGGCAUUUUCCUUUUAUAUUGGGCAUCCCCCAUCUUCUGGCUGUACACCAGCUUUACCCUUUGGCACCCAUUGUAGGUCGGAGCUCAAAAGGUCCUACUCACUUUCAAAUCGAAUUGUGGAAGAACUAAGAAGACAAUCGGAGAGCAGUGAGAAUGACAAGGGAAAUAUACGGAGUCAAGAUUCAAACAAAUCCUCCUCAAUCUAAGCUUGACGAUCUCGCUAUCUCGUCCUGGCCAACGUGGAGCUGUGAACCGAGCAAAUUUCCAUGGACAUUUACUGCAAAAGAGACAAUGUAUCUAUUAGCAGGAAAAGUGAAAGUUUACAUUGAUGGCCAAGAUGGGUUCUUUGAAAUAGGGGCUGGUGAUCUGGUUGAAUUUCCAAAUGGAAUGAAGGUCACUUGGGAUGUAGUCGAAGCUGUGAACAAGCACUAUAACUUGGAGAAGUGAUAUUCUUUAAAGUCCUAAAUGAAUCGUUUUCUUAACCUGUCGCUUUAUGAUUUAUGUAAACGAUAAUACUGAAUUGCUAGUCAAGCUAGUUUUGAUUGAUAACCGUGACAAUUUAUGUAAGCUAAAUCUGAUUCGCAACAUAAAAGUUGUUAUGUUGAAUAUCAAAUUCUUUCAUCAUUUUGUUUG